AUGCACCCUGACAGUGUAUUGUUAUAUUCAUGUGUCAGCUGUUCGGGGGCCGAACCCCAGCGGGGCAACUCCAUAUCACCAUUCCGAUAUCUAAAUGCCAUACCUGCCGAAGGAACGCCGAAGGCCCAGAUACUACCAGGUUACCCAAGCCUAGACAGGAGCAGCCGAGAUGCCGAAAUGGGGUUCGAACAACGGACAUUUCGGCCAAUAGGUUCGCGCCUUAACCGCCGAGUUAUAUCAAUACCGGAAGAGAUCUCCGUUCGUUCGGCUGUAGCACCCUUUCGGUGUCUAGCUACCAUGCCACUCACAGGAAGCACGAGGUCUAGCUACCUGCCACUCACAGGAAGCACGAGGGCUGGUAUGCUGCCAGGUCAUCCAAGCCUAGACAGGGGAAGUCGAGAGGCAGAACGGGUCGGGUUCGAACCACGGACCUCCCGAGUGUACGACUGUACGUUAGUUGGAAUUGUGAGUAGUUUCCUUUAUGGAGAUAUAAUCGUUCAGCUGUAG